AUGCGUGUCCAUGCAUGGUUGUGUUUGGCGCUAGGCGGCUUAGCAGUUGCGCUGGGAGAAGGCCAGUCUUUGGCAAACGAUGACGAACAAUAUUUAGUAGAAAAUGAACACCUGGGGGCGUUUGGUCUAGGAGACAGACACCCAAUUCACAAAUCGGAAUGCACCGACUGGGUCGGCGUCGAGGUGAUCGUGAUGGUGGACUUUAUCGACGAUUGCCCCCUGAACCCGGAAGAUUUGCUAGGACAACAAACCGCGACUCGGUGUGUAUCGACCCUGAGCCGGUCCAUCUGCGCGACACCUACCCCGGAGCGGCCAUACUACCCAUGUGUCUUUGGCACGCUGUCGUCUUCUGAACUGGUGACGGUCACGGUGACCUCCUGCACGGCGGACACCAACCCAACACAAACACUUACGCUCCAGAUGUGCUGCACUUGCUCGGCGACCGUCUACACGACUGCCGUCUCUGGCUACACGGCCGGCGCGCCUUGUCACGACUGUACCCCGUACAGUAGCCUCAGCAGCAGUAUUAGCAGUGUUAGCCCGGAGUCAUCCUGCACCACAGACGACGAUAUGACAACGACGACCACCACCACCGUUACAGCCGCGACCACUGUGCUAGCCCAUACAGAGACCACGACAACAACCACGUUUCUGUCGGCAAGUCCUAGCGAGAGUGAAUCGGGGUGUCCAUGUGCGGGCAUUAGCACGACCACCAGCACGAGCACCGGCACGAGCACCUCGUCGGGAUAUUGGCCGACGGGUGGGACCACAUACACGACGUCGUAUAGCACGACGACGCUGGGGGCGCCGUAUGAGACGACUACGGAGGGGGCGCCGUUUACGGGGGGUGGGAUGCAACAGAUUCAACAGGGGGUGGGGGGUGGUGCUUGGAUGGGGAUCGUGGGGUGGGUGGUGGUUGGUGUUUGGGGUUUGUAG